GAGGCAAAUGAGGGUGUGUGGCUGGCAAAGGCAGGGCACUUGGCUCUUUCUCCCCCUCUUUACUGCCUCUCAUUCAAAUGUGGGUCAGGGGUGAGGAUUUCUCACGUCACGCGAGCUCGCAAAGCAAGAUGGCGCUCGGAAAGCAGUGAGAUGUGAAGAUAGGAUGGCUGUUUAAACGCUUUCUGUCCAUGCAUUAAGGUUUCAUAGGGGAAGAUACAGAAGUUGGAAAUGGAAUUGCCAAAUCAUGCCAAACAAUUGCUACUGCAGCUGAACCAACAAAGAGCCAAAGGUUAUCUGUGUGAUGUCAUCAUAGUUGUCGAAAAUGCCCUGUUUCGGGCACACAAGAACAUCCUGGCAGCCAGCAGUAUCUACUUCAAAUCCCUCAUCCUUCACGACAACUUGAUCAAUCUCGACACGGACAUGGUCAACCCGUCGGUUUUCCGUCAAGUUCUGGACUUCAUUUACACCGGCAAGCUUUUGUCCUCCGAUCAGUUCAGCGACCACAAUUUCAAUGCCCUGUUGACAGCAGCAAGCUACCUCCAACUUCACGACCUGGCAGCUCUCUGCAGAAAGAAGCUGAAGCGCAACGGGAGAUCGCUCCUGACCAAACCUACCACCCCAACCAAUGGCAGAACUUCUAGGAACCAAAGGCUGUCCUCUACACCCGUAACUCCAAACCAAAUGUCAGGGUUAAAAGACGGCGAGAAGGCGAAGAGGCACGAAGAGCUGCUCAAAGACGACCUGUCAGAAGACGAGAUGUUUGUGAGGAACUCCAACUCGCUGAGUCCCUCCACAAGUAAGAACGGAAGCAACGGCGCUUGCGGCAUCCAGGAACUUGGCCUGGAUCUUUCCAAAAAAAGCCCCUCAGGGAGCACAGCCACCGAAGAAGUGAGUCCCAGCAGCAUCCCGCAGGAAUCCCCCCAAUCUGCCUCAGAAUCCAACAGUGCCUCAUUCGAAGAGAACGCCAACAUGCAGAACCUUGCCGGCGGGGAGCCCAUGGAGCUGGGAGGAGGAGAUUGUGUAGACAGUCAGCCGCCUCCCGACGUUGACCAGCAUAAAAGCUCCCGCCAGGUCGCCCGGCAUAGGCGGACACCCAAGAGCGAAGGUAACAAAGGCGAAGUGGAACGAGGAACUUUACCCAACGGCGUCGCCAAACGGUUGAACGUGGCUGGGAAACGGCUCCCUGGCGGAGGAAAAGAGGACGAGGAUGGUUUAGACAACGGACAAGAACAAAGCGAAGAUAGCGGACACAGCGAGAGCGAAGGUGGGCGGAACAGCACCAAUUACGUCUACCGCCAGGACACCACAACGUUCGAGCCAGCCCUUGGCGACAACCUGUACGUUUGCAUCCCCUGCGGUAAAGGCUUCCCGAGCUCGGAGGAGCUGAACGCUCACGUGGAGACUCACACGGAGGAAGAGCUGUACAUCAAAGAAGAGGACGACGAGUCCUAUCCAAAGGAAGACGAAGUAGAGGCUGAAGACCUGUCUUCGCAAGUGACCCACGUCCACGGUGCCGAGUCACGCCGCUUCAGCUGCUCGGUCUGCAACAAGAGCUACAAAGAUCCAGCCACUCUUCGGCAACACGAGAAGACCCAUUGGCUCACUCGUCCUUUCCCCUGCAACAUCUGCGGCAAGAUGUUCACCCAACGCGGCACCAUGACGCGCCAUAUGCGCAGCCACCUGGGACUAAAACCGUUUGCCUGUGAGGAGUGCGGCAUGCGCUUUACCCGGCAGUACCGGCUCACAGAGCACAUGCGGGUCCACUCAGGUGAGAAGCCGUACGAAUGUCAGCUCUGCGGGGGAAAGUUUACCCAGCAACGUAACCUCAUUAGCCACCUACGAAUGCAUACCUCCCCGUCAUAAGCCAAAGACCCCUGGAGCAGCGGGACCCCCGAGAAAGAGAGACCACUCACACCUUUUCCUUUGAAGAAACCCAAAGCAGGAUUCUCUUCUGCUUUUGUAACAGGAGGAGCCAUUCAAACAAGGAUUCUCAACAGAAUAAGAUCCAUGGGUACGAUUUCACAGGCUCAUUAUCAUUUUUUUUUGUGAAUGUAAAACUGGGUACUAAUGCUGUCGUUAGAUUCCUCCAGACCACUCUGAACCACUGCAGUCUAUGCACUGGUUUUGUCCACUUUUUGAGUUUGUGUGGUCUGUCUCUUUUUGGUAUCCCAGAAUUAUUCCUUUUUUGUUUCUCUUGGUCUUGUUUUAAACGUAUCCCUCGCAAUAGUUACGCUGGUAUAUAUGUACAACUCUCAGAGAGGUCAAGCUUGUGAUGACCAAGUGCAUACAUGUAUUGCAGAUUCAAAGGUUUGAUUCUUUAACUUGUCUCCAUGGGUCUGACAGUGUUGUUCGAGCUGCAAGAAUGCUUGUUUGUAGACAUUUAUGCGGUGUUUCAUAAAAGCUUUGUGCAUCCAACCAAACAUUUCCCAGUAUGCCUGCUCGGUACCCAUUGGCUUAUGUUGGCUGUAGUUGGGCAAGUCGUCGUCCUGUAGUUUUUUAUAAUAACUGAACCUUCCAUAGUUGGUAAUUUAUCAAUGCAGCAAAACCAACAGCUUUCGAGAUGCUUGAUGCAACAUUGCUGCAUCCCACCUACAUUUGGACAUAAGCCAAUGGAAACGUGCCGAAGAGAGGCCCUGGGCGUUCUUUUGAGCUUGUGUCUCACGUAGUGUGUAGGGGUUUACUCUGAAAGAAAAGCCAAACUUAAAGGUACUUUUAGAUGACUCUAGAUAACUUAUUGAUAUGCUUCUGUGAAUGUUUUAACUGGAAGUUUUGGGGGUUUGGGAUGGUUUGGGUGAUGUGUCGGAUGGGUUAAUUUUAGUGUUGUUAAACUUUACAAUUCUGUCCGUACUUUUUUGUUCACUUUUUUGAUUUGUGUUUAUCCCUUCACCGAAAAGGCAGGUCCGUACGGUCUUGUCACAUUCUACCUCUUAAUUCUCAAGAACAAUACAUUCAUUGGACAAGCGGUGGUCUCUGAAUAUAGAUGUAUAAAGUUUGCGGAGGUUUUAAAGUAGUCAUGCCCAUCGACAAAAGUUUUAAGUUGUAAAAGCAUUAAUGAAGAAAAUAGCUUCUUUAAGGUAUUUAAGGUAUUAAAAGUUUUAUGUCAGAAAUCCAAAGAGAAAAGUGAUGUUGCAAAGAAUGACUUGCCAACAAACAGUUCCUGUAGAAUAUCCCUACCAAAGGUCUUCGAUUCCGCUGCAGGAGGUACGGACGUCAUUCUGUCGUAGUUCUCGAUGAAGAACAAUGUAGUGGACGUUAGUUUGUACUUGACAUUGACUAAAAACCAAUGAUCUUCUUUCCUCUGGGCCGCUGGCUUUCCGUUGUUGAAGUUUACAAUAGUUUCUUAAGAGUGUCUUUCAAUUUCUUACUUAGUCUGCCGAAGAACUUCAGAAGGACUCAUUUUAGUUCAGACCAAGAGAAAACUGUAAGAACGUAAAGCGAGCAUUGUUGAUUUUUGUUACAUAUCGAUCGUGUUGGAAAUCUCUCUGGAUUGAGGAAGUGAUACACUGGCUUGCUUCUCGGCCAUCAGACCCUAAAAAAAUCUUUUGUCAUGUUAGUUAUGUGGCUAUCAUUUAUUCACUUCUGUAUUGUGUAAAGUACGCAUGUUCAGAAAAUGUUAAAUGCUGGGGGAAUGUUACAUUGUCAGGGUUUGGAUAAAUGCUGACGGAUGUAUUUAUAGUCCUGUCCUGAAUUUUCUUUCACUGCCAUCUUCAUGGUCUUGUUCAGUUAUGUGUUAUCUCAAUCCCAGUGUAUCACAUUCCAUAUGUAGUUCUUAAUGUAAAAGUCUUAAUGGCAUUUCUUUUGAAUGGGUUAUUUAUUUCCCUGGUUCUGUCUCCAGUGUUCUGUGUUUGGGCUCAUGAUGGGGAGGCAGCUAUAGUCGUGUUAAACGGAGCUCUGUUUACUCCUCUUUUUCCUGGAAUCCUUUGCUGGUUGUUUUAUUUCACCACUCAUAACAUUUUUGGGUAAAUUGAAUUCAAGUUCAAGUCAAUACACUGGAUUUAUGCUGCGCUUAUGACAUUAUUGCAUUCGAUAUCCAAUUUGGCUGCAUGCGACAUGGACAAAAGUGGACAAAGUCAUUGAUUUAUAUGGUCACCAAUACGCAAUCUUACAUUUCUUAGGUUGCGUAUUGUGGAUCGUGAAGUUCUAAGAGUUUGUUUUGUUACAGUUAAACCAAGUGCGCUCUGGCGUUGAUACCUCAACUCAGGGAGACUUUUUUCCGUUUUGUUUGUAAAAGAAUUCCAGGAAAAAGUUCCCAUUGAUAUCUUGCUGAUUUGCGAGCACUUCAUUUGAACAACAUUAAAGAAUUGAUUUUUAUGGGGAAGACGACGCUCCGUUUCAGACUAUAGAUGCGAGAACAGGGAAAGCAGAAAAAGAAUGACAAAAUGUUCAAACUGUGACAAUAAUGUUUCUACUUCAAGACUUCAGGGAUAGCUCUGCAUGUUUUGAAAUGCAGAGCUUUCGACCACAUUUGUACGACUGUGUCAAUACUGUGUCAAUUUCUGUAUUUUAAUGAUGAGAAGCAAAACACUAGUUUUCUUACGAAAUAGAUUUUACGAGAGUACGUACCCAUUUCAAAACGACGCCUUGAGGAAAAAAAGAAAAAGAAAAAACAAAGCCAGAGAUGUUAGAGGAGUUUUACUUUUAAGUUCAAGGGUGUUUUUGAACAAAAAAAUGAAAAGAAUAAAAAAGGUUAACGCAAAAUGUAUAAAGGAAUACGACGAAAGCUCAUACCCAAAUUUUCAGACUAUUUUCUAAACCAAAGCACAUUUUGAAUGAUUGAUCGAUUGAUUGUCUGACAAAAAGAUUCUUGUGUAUAAUAUCUCAUUGUUUACAUAAACUCUUACAGUCACAGACCUCAGGUGAGGGGAGGCCAGCGUGAGCGUGCUUCUGCGUAGGUUAAACCGAAAGUCAAACGUAACUGUGAGUCUUACCCUGUGAACAAAUCCGCUGCGUUGUGGAUUUUACCAACCACUCGAUGUACAAUUGGCCCUUUAAAAUGUGGCGAGACGUCCCACACGUAAAUCAUCCCGUCGUUGACGCCAACUUUUCAGAAUUUGCUGCUUUUGUUGUUUUUUUAAUUAUGUAAAUACGCAUGAACACAUUUACCUCGAAGUAAUACUCUUUAGGACUUGCUGCAUAUAUAUAUAUGAAUAUAAAUAAAUAUAUUUUAUUUUUUGAUUUUUAAAGUUAUUUCACGUCUUUCUUUUUUAUCGUGUUCUGAGCUGCCUGUAUUUUUUGGGUCCACAACAGAAGCAGGUGAAAAGCGACUGGCCUCUCCUCCAUCCACACUGGUGCAAACACUUACUGACAGUGUUCACUUUUUUAUCAAAUGUCUAUUGUCAGUGCUGAAUGUAUUUAUUUGUUGAUCCUGUUUUCACUUUUGCUAAAGAGUUCACUUUGUGCGAGGUGACGUGUCUUCAGGGUUUGAGUUCCUUCUGUUAGCUGAGCGGUAAAUAAAAUGAAACGACAGACGACGUCGAUCAUUUUCAAGCCUGUGAAGAUAUAGACACGAGGAAUGUAUUUCUCCAUGAAGUGUCCGUCAUAAACGCCCUUUUGUUACCCUUGUCUCGCUCGAAGCAUGCACGCGUUUCUGUGGUCCACACUUGAAUGCUGUUUGUCCGUUUUAAAUGUUCUCUGUUCGCCUGGAACGGACCUUUUAGAAUUGUCAAAGGCGCUCAAGGUUGUGUUUUCUGUACAGGACCGGCGGUGUUGUCAUGCGCCGUCGUUUAAGGCUGACCUCAGAUCUGUUUUUCUUUCUUCCAAAUGCCCAACAGAGCCAAAGUUUUCACACACUUUUUGUCAUUCAAAGCAUCAAACAGAAUGCAUCUUAUAAUAAUGUCAAAUACCUUGAAGCUUUAUAAAAAUGCACUUUCCUGUUCUCAUCGAGGUCCUUUGGAUCCGGCCGACGCAUCAGUUAUUUGAAUUGAAAACAUUUACGUCUUCAUUCGCGAAGCUUUAUACAGAAUCACUGGUUAAAGAAUAGACAUUAUCUCACUCUUGUUUGCUGCUAAUGUGUAGUUUGUUCCGUUUAUUCUACAUAUCCCAUGUAGUACUGUAUUAUGUUGUGACGUUGCCUCAGCAUAACUGGUGUUGGGCGUUCGCAGGGACCUCGGGUUACCAAACCAACCCAAACUAAACCAAAGCCACAUUCACGAGCAUGUGCAUAGCAGGUGGGCAUUUCCCCAUAUGGUUUUACUUAAACCUCAUAUCACAUCAUAUAAAUGCUUUAGUCAUGAGCUCGUCCGUUCAGAGCCCAAUGCUGUGAUUCUUUAAGCAUUCCAUUAACGUUUCUGUCAGUAUUUUCCUUUCGAGGGGCAAGGUUGUUGCCACAAGUUUGCGAAUGAAAACAAGUUUCCCUCGACGUGUUGUGUUUUUAUGAUUCGGUCAGCCUUGAACACGGUUUGCAGACAACACGGCGGUUUCACGUUCCAUCUCCUCCGAGAGCUUGUAUUCAGGUCAGAGCUGCGUGCGGCUCAAAUUCUGUGUCAUGUUAAUGAAAGUGUACAGAGCUCAUCUCACACUCGGUCUUAAUGUACAGCUACCAGAAGUCAUUUUAGAAUCUUUUCAUUAAAAUCUUGAUCAAAUAA